GACAGCGGGGAAAUGCCCAACAACCGAUGUACGAACUGCAUAUCAGCAGGCAUUGCUUGUAUGCAUUUGAGGACCAAGGGAAACCAAAGAAGGAUGUCUGCCGACCGAGUGAAGUCGGCCCAGAACUACGUGGCUGGCGCUGUGUCCCCAUCCUACGCCCCACCAAUCGACCUAACCGCGUCAAAUCAUAUGCUGUUGGAGGUCUGCCACUACGCUCGCGACCUGGAGGAAAGAUUAGCGGAAGCUGAGGCCAAGCUGCGGAACCAUUCCAGCCCAAAAGAAUCGGAAUCUCCUUCUCCCGACGAUGCGGGGGUCGAAUAUCAUAACCCUCUUAUUACCAGCUGCGUCAACAACCUCUUCGACCCUUACCAGAAGCACGGCAGCAAAUCCGAUGCCUCCAACUUCGUCAAGACGGCGAUUAAGCAUAUCCACCACGGGCAAGUCUACGUCCUUGGUCUCCAACGAACAGAAUUCUGGACCCCGCCCUCAUGGGAAAUAUGUACCAUCAAGUAUCCCCCGCUGGAAUUCCCCGAACCUGAUCUCCUCAAAACACUUGUCCACAUCUACUUCGAACAAAUUAAUCCUAUUAUCGGCAUCCUCCACCGAACUUCGUUUGAACGGUCGCUAGAUUCGAAACGACAUCUGAGCGAGCGGGCGUUUGGGGAAGUGGUGCUUGCCGUCUGUGCUGUCGCGAGCAAGUAUAGCGAUGACCGGCGCGUCUUUCUUGAGGAGAAAGAUUCAGAGCACAGUGCAGGCUGGAAAUACUUCUCCCAAAUUCGGCCAACCAGUGCGUCAUUCGAUGCUACUAAGUCCUUAUUGCGGCUGCAACGACUGGCGCUCGGUGUCUUGUACUUCUCCGCGUCCUCCACUCCAGACGAAUGCUGGUUCCAUAUCGGUGUCGGACUCCGUUUCCUCCAUGCGGUAGCGGCCCAACACGAAGCGUGGUAUUACAACACGCAGCUUGAGCCGCUGGAUGUCGAGCUAUACAAACGCGUGUUCUGGAUCUUCGUUUUCUGGGAAACGCUCAUGUCGGCGUUUAAGGGACGAGUCCGCUCCGUGGCGAGUUUCAAAGCCCCUCUUCCUACCCCGCUCGACGACCAAUACUGGACUGUGUCUCCAAGCAAAUCCGCAACAAUCCAGGAACAACAGCAGCUUGAACUAGGAAAUACAUCAUCAUCAUCCAAACCGUCUAUUCACGCCUUUUUCCACCCGUACUUCAAGCUGGUCGACCUUUAUGUGAACAUUCAAACUCGUGUGUAUCCUGUGGACCGAAGGGAGCCGAGUAAUGACGAUAUCAUCGCUUUGGACUCGGCAGUCAACCAAUGGAUCGAUGCCAUUCCAGUGCAUCUGAAAUGGAAUCCGCAACAGGAGAACCAGAUUUUCUUGGACCAGUCAGCCGUGUUAUAUGCGUCGUAUUACCACUCGCAAAUACUGAUCCAUCGACCGUUUAUUACCGCGCCAGGCAAGGAGUCCCCAACAACCAUCUCUUUCCCGUCCAUGGCAAUUUGCGCCAACGCUGCUCGUUCCAUCGGACAUGUGCUGGAGGUUCAAGCGAGGCGGGGCCGGGGCGUAAUCUGCGCCGCAAGCAUGAUUAGCAUCUUGUUCGAUGCAGCGGUUAUUCUCCUCAUCAAUGUCUGGCGUUUGGGGGAUUCGGGGAGGUCAAGGACAGACGGCCAUGAUAACUUUGAUCGCGCGACAGCAGAUGUGAAGAACUGCGUCAUGGUACUGCGGUUGUAUGAGCGGCGAUGGAGACUUGCCGGUCGCUCCUGUGACAUUAUCGAUGCCAUGCUCAACUUGAGCAAGCACAAGUCGAAGCGACCACGGGAGCAGGACGAAGAAGACCAGCAAAUGCAGCCGGAACGUCCAGCAGAUUCACCUCCGUCAUUGUCGGUUGGCUCCGAAGGUUCUUCGCCUCAGUUCGUGGACGAGCAAAUGGAGGCGCUAGAACGAUCCCUUGCGGAGACAACGCACUUGUUCUCGCCUGCCACAGCUAACCCCUCCAACGAACAUAUCUCGCUGGACUUUGCCGACACGUAUAUGGGUCGCAUGCCGCUUUACGCCACAGAACUGGGCAGCCUCCCUGUCCAUCCGCAAUUCGAAAACAGCAACACGCCAAUUCACCCGCAUUUUGCCGUGUCUCGAGAGCAACAGUCGCUGUACCAGCCAUCGUCUCAUCUUGACGCCCAGUUCGACGAGGUUCCCGGGACAUUGCCCCUAGAAAUUGUCUAUCUCGCACAAGCGGCUUUGAAUGACCCGAUGACUCCCGUGCCACGCGCGCCUGCCGCGAAAGCGUUUGACGUUCCGAUAAACCCUUACUGGGAGCAGUGGAGCUCGUAUUUGGAGAACGUCGGCGGAAUGAGCGAGGGCCUGCAUUUUUGA